UUUACCUCGUACCUUCACAACCUCAGUGUAUAAUCCUAAAAUGACUGAAUCGUGUGUGGAUGUAGCUGGGGGACACGCGGAGUGAGAUUUCUGCUGUGAACUCUCACAGACACCGUGGCGGAACGAUACAGAAAAGGAAGUCGGUUCCGCACGGACCGUAUUAGCACACACACUCGCGUCCAAAAUGUAAACAGAAGCGGGAAACGUUGCAGUGAGCCUAAUGAGGCUUUUCCAAUGUCAGUCUCAGUCUCAAAGGGUCAUACCGCUACAUAAGUCAUCAUGGCCGAUAUCUUGACACAUGUAUUCAGGACUUUUAUUCCAGAGGCGGGUCUGACGAAGGAUGUUAAACUCAUCAGUCCGUCGUCCACAGCCUGCAGUACGCUGAUGGUCGGGGAGCGGAGCGUCAGCCGCUCUGUGCUGCUGCUGGCGGCCGUGACCGCAGCCUCGGAGAUGGACAGCAAAGUGUUCUUCUUCACCCAGACUCAGAUCCAGAGCCUGCCAGUGUCUCUUCAGAGCUGCAUCCCUAACCUGAGCCCAGAAACUUUGAAGAAAAUCAAGUUUUCCUAUCCCAGGACUGUUGAGGACCUACUUCAGCAAGUGGCUUCCCUUCAUGAGACGGUCAGCACGGCUCCCACGCCUCCCUCACUGGUCAUAGUUGACAGACUGGAGGGCUACCUGCACGGCUCUGCAGGGAGCAGCAGCCACACGGGAUUUCACCAAGGUGAGCAGUCCUGUGCUGCACAUGUGUCUGCGCUGCUGUGCGACACGGCUGCAUUUCUCACACAAAUCCUAGAGCAGCGGGGCUCAAGCUCGGCCCCAUGCCGCGUCAUCGCCUCGUACCACUCUGAGCUGCAGGCCGGGUCAGCCAGUGGAGAACUCCCAGCCCCAGACCCCAUCCUUGCUGUCCUUGACCGCUAUUUCCAGGUGCGUUGUACUCUGGACAGAGACAGAAGCUGCAAAGCCACAGCAGCUGGACUACAGGAGCUGUGGCACAUUUUCCUCUCUGGGACGGGACUCACAGAGGCCUCUCCAGCCAAGGGAUCUGAGGUCAGAAAUGUGGGUGUGGCCCAUGAGUGGCAGUUGGUCAUUUUUCCUGAUGGAUUAAUGGAGUUUACAUUGGUUUGAACAUGUGCAGAUCAGUGACUUUACUAGUAUGUGAACAACUGAAGUCCACAUGUAUUUCCAGGGAAUGUUUUUAUUCAUCGCUUCUGUUGCUUUUCAGAGAUAACCUUGUUUUAAAUUUAGGAGGCAUUAUACUCACCUUGGAGCAGAAAAGGCUUCAACCACUGUUACACUGUAUUUCAAACACAGCAUUAUUUUUUUUUUGAUGAAGGGACAGCUCUGUUAUGAGCAAAAAACUAUUUCCAGCCGUGCCUUUCCAUCUGUUUAACUGUGUGCUGUGAUAAAAACCAAUCUUCUCCCAAGCAGUGUUGCCUCAUCACU